AUGCACCAAGACCCUGGUAAAAUAACUGAGAAGGAAAACAAACUAAAGAAAACUAAAAGUGAAGAGGCCAUAGAGAAAGAAGAACCAUAUGUACCUCCACCACCAUAUAAACCUCCUAUCCCAUAUCCUCAAAGAUUUGCUAAAUCCAAAAGUGUAUGGAAAUUCAAGAAAUUUGUAGAGCUUCUGAAACAAUUGAAUAUCACAAUACCUUUUACAGAAGUUAUCACUCAAAUGCCCUCAUACGCUAAGUUUCUUAAGGAGACAUUAUCUAACAAGAAGAAGAUCGAGGAUAAUGAAACUGUUACACUUACUGCUGAGUGUAGCGCUAUAAUUCAAAAUAAUAUGCCUCAUAAGCUGAAAGACCCAUGGAGUUUCUCCAUACCCUGGAUAAUCGGAAAGUUUGUCGUAGACAAAGCUCUAUGCGACUUAGGAGCCAAUAUUAGCUUAAUGCCCUUGUCCAUAUGUGAAAGGCUUAAAAUGGGAGAGUUGAGACCAACUAAGAUGUCUGUACAACUAGCUGAUCGUUCUGUUAAAUUUCCCGAGGAUUCAAAUAUCCCUAUCAUAUUUGGAAGACCAUUAUUAGCUAUUACUGGAGCCAUUAUAGAUGUAAAGAAAGGCAAGCUAACCUUUGAAGUUGGUGAAGAAAAAGUCGAAUUUAUUUUGACGCGAUUCUUAAAGACACUAGCUAUAGACGAUACAUGUUAUCUUCUAGAUGUCAUCGACGGAUGUGUAAGAGAAAUGGAGAAUGAACAAACUUCAUACUCCGAAAUAUUGAAAAUUCCAAUGCCUCCUAUUUUUGAAGAUGACAAUUGGCGUGAGGAAUACCAAGAUGACAGUUUAAGUGAAUGUCUAGCACUGACACCCAAUCAUAUGCCUUGCCCGAAGAAACCAGCAUUAGAACUUAAAACACUAUCCAAAAAUUUAAGGUGCGAAUUCCUAGACACUGAACUCGAGCGACCUGUAAUAGUUAACGCAAACUUAGGACAGAUAGAAAUCGAGUAA